AUGUGCAGUAAGCGCGCGGCUGCUGGGAGGAGGCAUUACCGACAUUUCGUCUUUGACAGCCGACCGGAGACACCUCUCCGUCGGGAAACAUUUCCAUUUGCCCCAAACCUCUGUCGUUGUUUUCUGUCUAAGUCAGACCAAAGAGAAGAAGACAUCUGAUCGCAAGUCGUCGGCUUCGGUUUGCUCCGCAGGAGUAGCCAGAUCUGAGGGGAAGCAGAGCAGACCCAGCCCUCCCUGAUUGAAGAGAAAACCACAACCACAGCUCCAGCCACACAGAUCAUUGUUUCCAUCAUGCAGACCUCUGUCCUUCUCCUUCUCUCCCCAGUCCUCCUCUUGUCUUUUCUCAUCCCUGACUGCUCUUCCCAGAGUGAGGCAGACCUUAUUGUUCAGACACGUGCAGGCCGGGUUCGUGGUGUGCGCCUGCCUGUGCCGGAACGGAGCUAUGUCUCUGCUUUUCUGGGAAUCCCCUUCGCUGAGCCACCGGUAGGGAAGCGGCGUUUCCGUCAUCCUGAGCCCAAGAAUCAAUGGAAUGGGGUGUUUCCAGCCAUCACCUACCCCAAUGCCUGCUACCAGUUUGUUGACACGACAUACCCUGGCUUCCCUGGCAUGGAGAUGUGGAAUCCCAACAGAGAUAUGAGCGAGGAUUGCCUGUACCUCAAUGUCUGGGUGCCCCCCUCACCCAGACCUCACAAUCUAACUGUCAUGGUGUGGAUAUAUGGUGGAGGGUUCUACAGUGGUUCUUCUUCACUGGACGUGUAUGAUGGCCGUUACCUAGCUCACAGUGAGACAGUCAUUGUGGUUUCCAUGAACUACCGGAUUGGUGCCUUUGGUUUCCUUGCUCUUCAUGGCUCAUCUGAGGCUCCUGGCAAUAUGGGUUUACUUGACCAGAGGAUGGCGCUGCAGUGGGUACAAGACAAUAUCCAUUCCUUUGGUGGAAACCCCAAACAGGUGACUAUCUUUGGAGAGAGUGCAGGUGGUGCUUCAGUAGGAUUCCACCUCUUGUGUCCCGACAGUCGGCCUACCUUCACCAGGGCCAUUCUUCAGAGCGGGGUCCCCAACUCCCCCUGGGCUUCAGUCAGCCCUGCUGAGGCCCGAAGACGAGCCACACUGCUGGGCAAACUGGUGGGCUGCAAUGGGGGAAAUGACACGGAGCUGGUCGACUGUCUGCGCAGUAAAACUCCACAGGAGCUUAUUGACCAGGAAUGGCAGGUCCUGCCAUGGUCGGCCCUCUUCCGAUUUUCAUUUGUCCCUGUUGUGGAUGGGGAGGUUCUGCCCGACACCCCUGAGGCCAUGAUCAACUCAGGCAACUUUAAAGACACUCAGAUCCUCCUUGGGGUCAACCAGGACGAGGGCUCCUACUUCCUGCUGUACGGCGCACCAGGCUUCAGCAAGGACAACGACAGCCUUAUCUCCAGAGAGGACUUCCUGGAAGGUUUAAAGCUGUGUGUACCACAUGCCAAUGAUAUUGGCCUGGAGGCAGUGGUGCUGCAGUACACUGACUGGAUGGAUGAGAAUAACGGGGCGAAGAACAGGGAUGCCAUGGACGAUAUCGUGGGCGACCAUAACGUCAUCUGCCCUCUGGUCCACUUUGCUAGCUCCUACGCCCAGCACAGUGCCCUCAAAGCUAACGGUGUGAUGAACAGCGGAGGAAACUCACAAGAAGGGGUGUACCUUUACCUGUUUGACCACCGAGCAUCUAACCUGGUGUGGCCAGAGUGGAUGGGUGUGAUCCACGGCUAUGAGAUCGAGUUUGUCUUUGGCCUGCCACUGGAGAAGGGACUGAACUACACCUUAGAUGAGGAGAAACUGAGCCGACGCAUGAUGAGAUACUGGGCCAACUUUGCACGGACUGGAAAUCCAAAUACGAACCAUGAGGUCAUGACUGAAAACAAGAGGCGCUGGCCUCUGUUCACUGUCAGCGAGCAGAAACAUGUUGGACUCAACACUGAACCACUGAAGAUCUACAGGGGUCUCAGGAACCAGAUGUGUGCUUUCUGGAACCGCUUCCUGCCACGACUCCUCAACAUCACUGACAACAUAGAUGAGGCAGAGCGUCAGUGGAAGGUGGAGUUCCACCGCUGGUCCUCCUACAUGAUGCACUGGAAGAGCCAGUUUGACCAUUACAGCAAGCAGGAGCGCUGCACUGACCUCUGAGAGCCUCAGCUGAGAGAUGAGAGAAUGGCGGGGAGGGGGGAGGCAGAAAGAACAAGCUAUGGCCAUUUCCCUCUAUAGCCCCUUGAUGAAUUCUGACUUCAUUUCAAACCUUUUUUUUGUUAUGUUUUCUUUUCUUUUUCUAUACACACACAAACACAAGCACUGAUGAUCAUUAUUUAUAUAUUUAUACUAUUUAUUUAUGUGUUUUUGUUCUUUCUGACGUGUGUGUCUCUGUGGAAAUUAAGGGCUAUAGAGGGAACUUGUCAUCGAUAUGGAGGAAUAUUAGAAAUGUCAAAGACGUGUCAUUACCUCGGGUGUGUGUGUGCGUGUGUGUGCGUGUGUGUGUGAGUGUGUGUGUGUGUGUGUGUGUCUGUGUGUGUGCGUGCGUGCGUCCGUGCGUGCGUGUGUGUGGCUUGGAAGCCCCCGGUUGAACUCAAAUCUCAACAGGCCCAUGACACUGCUGGUUUACCGCUGAUUCACUCGUCUUUGUAUUAAUCUCAUACCGUCAAAUUUUUGUUCUCUGAGGAUUCCUUCUUUUCAUAUCAGGGUUUUGUUUUGUUAGUUUUGUUAUUUUGAGUCAACAGUACUGUUCAUUUGUGUCUCACGUUCCUGUUGAAGCCUUUUAGUCAUGUUCUUAUUCAUUAACUACUAUUAUGACCACUAUUCCUGUUACUUAUCAUAAUCUGCCUCACUUGGUCUUGUUUAUUUCUCAUGUGGUAAAGCCAUAAACCGGGUUUUUGUGUGGGGAAAAAAACUCCCUUAGCUUUUCUUCUGUAUUGGAAAACCACUUAAUGCUAGCUUGAUGUUACAUGUAGGUUUGGCAUGAUUGCUGACAAAAGUUAGAUCCUUUCAUUUCUACUGUAGAUGGUAUGUGACGUUCAGAC